AUGCCAAAACCCCAAAAAGGCAGUAAAAAAUUCAAUGAGGAACCCCUCCGACGAGUCCCCUACAAAAAACCUCCAUUCACCAUUGGAGAUCUCAAGAAAGCAAUCCCACCUCAUUGUUUUAAUCGGUCAAUCCUCUACUCUUUCUCUUACCUUAUUUUCGACGUAACUAUUUCCUUCAUCUUCUACUAUAUAGCCUCCAAUUACAUCCACAUCCUCCCGCAAAACCACUCUUACGUUGCAUGGCCUAUUUACUGGAUCUUACAAGCGACUAUCGUAGGUGGUGUUUGGGUCAUAGCCCACGAAUGUGGCCACCAUGCCUUCAGUAACUACCAAUGGCUUGAUGACACUGUUGGCUUUCUGCUACAUUCUUCUCUUUUAGUCCCUUACUUCUCUUGGAAAUACAGUCAUCGUCGCCAUCACUCCAACACUAGUUCACUUGAAAAUGAUGAAGUCUUCGUCCCCAAACUAAAAUCCAAUCUCCCUUCAUUACUUCUCUACCUAAACAACCCACUUGGCCGAAUCCUCCAUCUCCUGUUCAACCACGCCCUAGGCUUGGCUUUGUACCUGAUCUUUAAUUAUGCUGGCAGGAAAUAUGAUAGGUUUGCAUGCCACUUUGACCCAAACAGCCCUAUUUACUCCAAAAAUGAACGUGCUCAGAUCUUUGUUUCUGAUGCUGGGAUCCUUGUUGUCACUUACCUACUCUACCUUCUAGCAAUGAACAAAGGAUUCACCUGGGUCUUUUGUAUUUAUGUUGCGCCACUGCUCAUUCUCAAUAGUUCACUUGUUACUGUUACAUACUUGCAACAUACGCACCCUUCUUUGCCCCACUAUGAUUCAACAGAAUGGGAUUGGUUGAGGGGAGCCCUUGCGACAGUUGAUAGAGACUAUGGGAUCAUGAAUAGGUUAGGCCACAACAUCGCUAAUACACAUGUCAUCCAUCAUUUAUUCCCGAAAAUACCUCAUUAUCAUGCGAUGGAGGCCACAAAAGCAAUCAGGCCUAUAUUGAAAGAUUAUUACAAGUUUGAUGAAACGCCUGUUCUGAAAGCCUUGUAUAGAGAAGCAAAAGAAUGCGUAUAUGUUGAAUCAGAUGAUAAUGAAGAGGCCAAGGGUGUCUUCUGGUUUGACAAUAAGUUUUAA